CAGCCACUGUAGGUUAGAUAUAGCUUCUCUUACCACGUAGUAAGGUAGGUUCUUGACCGUUGGACAGGGUAAAAGGGGAGCAAAAGGACCAGACUUGAUGGCCAAGAUGAGACUCAGAAACGAAAUUGGCAUUGCACUUGUUCUGUUUCUCUUGCCCAAUCUUUUCUUCAUAACUCAAGCUGACUCAAAAUGCAAAGCAUGGCUUGUCCAAUCGAUUCCCACCGACAUGCCCCAACUCCGUCGCGUUCCUGGCGUUCUCACCACCGGAGAUGUUCUCCGUUGGUUGGCUGGUAACUCUACCAAGGGAUUGGAUAUUAUAGCUCAAUACUGGCAACUAAUUGCGAACUCUAAAGAUCCUCGUUCCGGGGAUUAUGGAUAUUCCAAAAGCGACAUGGAAAAGUUCGGUGCUUUUGAAGGUUUUGGCGUUUAUAAAGCCAUAGAAAACGCCGCCGAUCGCAAUGUUAGUAUCAGAUUACUACAGCACUCAGGUGUCUAUCCUGACUUCACCAAAGAACCCAAUGAUCUUGCUUCAGGAAGGCUAAAUGUGGACAAUGUAACUUUGUUACUUGGCGAAUGGUGGGGUUCAGGUAUAGUUCAUGCCAAAGUUUGGAUAUCCGACAGUCGAGAUGUGUAUAUUGGAUCUGCAAACAAUGAUUGGAAAUCUCUUACUCAGGUUAAGGAGGUUGGAAUUUAUCUUGUUGGAUGUAAAAAAAUAGUGGGAAAAGUUGAGACUUACUUUGAAAACCUAUGGAAACUUGCCCAUCUUAAUUCAUCUGCUUACACUAGAUCAGUAUGGGAUCAGCAGUGGCAGAUCAAUAGAACUGUUCCGUGUUGGUCACAUUUCAUUGACUCUAAAGCAAGGUGCAGAUCUCCUCUUCCAACUUUUGUGGAGGUUCCACAUGUUGCAGGCUAUCCUGUAUUAUCAGACCCACAUAUGAUUAAAGUUCCAAUUAAAACUCCUGGGCAAAGAUUUUCAACUUUGGAGCCUUAUCUGAGCUAUCUAUCUUUUGCUCCUCCUGAGCUAUCAUUUGGCAAGUACCAGACUGAUGAGCAGGGGUGGAUUGAUACAAUAAAAUCUGUUGGAAGUGGAUCAACAGUUAGGAUUAAUACCAUGGAUUGGCUUGGCCAAUCUCAAUUUACAAAGGAAAAGGUUUAUUGGUCAUCUCUCUCCUCCGCAAUAUCUGAGGUAAUCUUCUCCAAGCAUGCAACGGUGAAGGUACUGGUAGCAUACUGGGCACAUUUCAUCGACAACACAGAUCAGUAUCUGAAGUCUCUCCUUUAUUCCGAUAUCCUCUGUAAUUCUUCUAAGUAUAACAAGUGCCACGGUAAAGUGGAGAUAAAAUACUAUGUGGUUCCUGGUUACAACCUGACAGGACCUGCAACCAGGAAUGGAAAAAGAACAGGGAAUAAAUACCCUGCUUUUACCAGAGUAAAUCAUGGAAAAUAUGCAGUAAGCGACGUAAGAGCCCACAUUGGAACAAGCAACCUUGUAUGGGAUUAUUUCUAUACAACAGCUGGUGUCAGCUUUGGGACAUACAACCCUGCUAUUGUUUUACAACUUCAGAAGAUCUUUGAUGCUGACUGGGAUUCACCAUAUGCUGUUCCAUUUGAAGGGCUGGAGGCAGGUCAUGCUUUUUCAAGUUGAUAGGUUUACUUGAUAUAGUUGGAAAUGUUCUAGUGUACAGGAAAGAGCAGCAGAUGACAUUUGUUUCUAAUUGAUCAUCUUCAAGUCCAACUCUGCUUGUGAACAUUUACAAUUUAAAACAUUAAAUUGUUACACUAAAACAUUUCAAUUCCUAAAAUUAUAUAAU